CGAACUACACCACGCCGGCGCCUACGCAUGACGACGUAACUAACGCGACAACCUAAUAAGCUAAUAAGCUAGCUGAAUGACGGCCACGAACUCGAAGGAACGGAGCUAACGUCAAUUUAUCCGUUACCGGGCUAAUCCACACCUGAAACACAGAGACAGCUGGGUCUCUCUCCGUCACCAUGACAGACAACAAGCGUCUCGCCUUCUCCAUCCUCCAGUUCCUCCAUGACCAGCUGCAGGCCGGGAGCCUGACCCCCGGAGCCCAAGAGAGUCUAGAAGUUGCUGUCCAGUGUCUGGAGACGGCGUUUGAGAUUUCGACUGAUGACCAGACGCUCGCCGUGCCGAUGACCUUACCGGAGAUCUUCGCCACGGCAACGGCCAAGCUUCCGUCUGAGUCUCAGGUCAACAACAACGCUGCUCCCCGACAGCCCCAGAACUCUCUCAGCAAGGAACAGCGAGAAGAGGCCGAGGCGCUCAAAACAGACGGUAACGACCAGAUGAAGGUGGAGAACUUCUCGGCUGCCGUUGAGUUUUACUCCAAGGCCAUCGCCAUCAACCAUCAGAACGCCGUCUACUACUGCAACAGGGCUGCAGCUUACAGUAAACUGGGGAACUAUGCCGGAGCGGUCCAGGACUGUGAACAGGCCAUCUGCAUCGACCCAAACUACAGCAAAGCCUACGGGAGGAUGGGUCUGGCUCUGGCCAGCCUCAACAAACACACAGAAGCAGCCAGCUACUAUAAGAAAGCUCUGGAGCUGGACCCGGAUAACGACACGUACAAAUCCAACCUGAAGGUCGCUGAGGAGAAGAUGGAGACGACCAGCCCAACAGCAGGGAUGGGUGGAGUGGAUCUGGGGGGUCUGCUCAGUAACCCCGGCUUCAUGAACAUGGCCUCCUCUCUGAUGAACAAUCCUCAGGUUCAGCAGCUGAUGUCUGGGAUGAUGUCUGGCGCCUACGGUGGGAUGCCUGCAGCGGCAGCGGGAGGUGGGGGAACAGGAGGCAUGGGGGCAGACCUGGGAGGACUCGGGGGACUCGGGGGACUCGGAGCAACGCUCGGAGGACUCGGGGGCGGCCCUGCACCGGGGCCGACUGCAGCCGCCUCGGGGGGAGAUCUAUCGGGACUCAUCCAGGCAGGGCAGCAGUUUGCUCAGCAGAUGCAGCAGCAGAACCCCGAACUCAUCGAACAGCUGAGGAGUCAGAUGCGCAACCGGACGCCCAGCGCUGGAAACGAGGAGCAACCGUGACACCCGCAUGACUCUUGGACCUGUUUGUGCGUAGAGGAGGAGGAGAAGAAGAAGGAGGAGGAGAAGAAGAGCAGAUAUGGAUAAUUAGUAACUCAAAGGACUUUAAGGACGUCUGGUUUUCUCCCGUCCCCGAAUAAUUCCUGCACGACCGAACACGGAGCUUCGUCGAGGAGCCACGUCACCAAAAAAA